UCUCGCCAGCGGCCAGUCUCGCGUCUCGCGGCGGAAAGACUUCGUCCCGCCGGACGAGAUCCACUCCGAGCGAGCAUUUCAGCGGCGCGCCGCCGUCGGGGGUUGACACCGGAACCUGUCGUAUUGUAAUAGAUAAAUUUGAUAAACGCUCGCAACGGGUUUUAUCCAGCCGCUGGACCGGCUGGACGAGUUUGUCGUCGGACCUCGGACUUUAUGCGUCGAGUCAUUACGAUAACGGAUAACGAUAUUCACGAUAAAUUAGACGUGUCUGCACUUCUCGUACUGCCAUUACAGCUCCCGUGCGCGUGUGCGUGCCUGUUUAAAUGGCACGUAUGUGAUUUUGGCAAACCACCAGUCGACGUUGUGUCACACAAAUGGCGGCAUUGAUCAUCGUUCCAUUCCAAUAACCGAGAGAUUUGUUGCCUCUCGGGCCAGCCGUUUGACGCCUAGACGGAAAAUGCAAAUCAGUUGCCCGAGUGGAAUUUGAUCCUUUCGAAAGUUUCGAAUCGACCCAGAGGAAGAGUGAGGGAAGAGUCGACGGAACUAAGUACUGAAGCAAUAAACACACAGUGGUGUUCGUUCGAUUUGCCUGCCGAGUGGGAUCCUUGAGGAAGUCGACUGGUAAAAAUUGAUGUGUAAGGUGUACGAGAGAAAGACGGCGAAUUCUUUGUCACAAUGAUGGCCAGGGCUUUGUGCAAUGCCUUUUCGGGAAGGCAGAUUAGCCUAUGCGCGCAGUCACAGCUAUUAAAACGUAACCCAUACUUGGGUAUCGGACAAUUAACACGCAUGAUAUCCUCGCACCAUGUCUCGAAGAACAUUGAGUUUCUUACGCAAGAUAGUCGUAUUAUAUCGUCCAAGAACGUUGCUCAGAAUAUAAAUCUAGCAAAUAAUCGUCCUUUGUUGGUUAUCCUCACUUGGCUGUUAUCAAAGCGACAACACGUCAUGAAGUUUGUUAAUUUGUAUAUGGAACAAGGUUUUGACGUGGCAGUGGUAUCCCUUACGCCUUGGCAGCUUAUGUGGCCUGUGAAGGGCUCUAGACUAGUGGCAGCGGAUUUGUUAACUUUCUUAAAGCAAAAUGAAAGUUACCAACAAAUUCUGUUACACGGGUUUUCGGUAGGCGGUUACAUGUGGGGUGAAGCUUUAGAUUUGAUAGAAACCAAUAAGGAUAAAUACAAUAACAUUACUGACAGAAUUGUCGGACAAGUGUGGGACAGUAUAGCCGAUGUCAGUCAGAUCGCGAUUGGUUUUCCUCGUGCGGUAUUCCCGAAAAACACGGUGCUGCAAUCUGUGCUACAGAAAUACGUAGAAUAUCAUAUGAAGACAUUCCAUCAGCAAGCGACACAGUAUUACAUUCGAUCCAGUCAGAUAUUUCAUACCACCAGUGUAAGGGUGCCAGCAUUACUAUUCAUGAGCAAAACCGAUCCUGUUGGAGCUGUAACCAGCAAUUUGUCUUUGCGCGAUAACUGGGAAUCUUUAGGAAUAAAGACGUACAUGAAGAUAUUCGAGGAGUCGCCGCACGUUGCCCACUUCUACACGUAUCCUAAGGAAUACGUUGCCGAGCUCUACGCCUUCUUACAAAAAUUAAACUUAAUACAGAACGAAGAAAAGAUUAGAGCGCGCCUCUAAAUAUCUUAAAAGCGUGUUAAUUCUCUUCACACAUAGCCGUAUGAUAUUUCUUUUUAUAUAUAAAGUUGCCUUUUCAAUUACAUUUUAUUCCAUACAUUUGUAAUAUCCAGCACUUGCCACACAGACAUAAUAUACAUAGAUGUAGGUGACAUCAGAGUAGAUGGUUUUAUAAAUAUUUAAAUUUACAAGAUAUUUAUAUAAAACUUUGCGAGUAGUUAAUACCAAGUUUAACGAAACAAAAAUAAAACGUUAAAAACGUCUUUAAAAACGAUAAAAAAAACAUACCUUAGUCACAUAUUUUUGUACAUUUGUCUUUGAAGUAAUUAUGCACUUAGUACAAUGUGCAUUAUUAGUUAUUAUUUAAAUAUAAAUUGUAAUAUGGUGCAAUUUGGGCGCAAGACACAAAGUAUUUUUACUUUUUUUUCUUCUUUAAUGAAUUAAUACAACUGUGGUAAAAAGAUAACACUAGUAUUACUUAUUAUUGUAUCACAAGUUAUACAAACAGGCAUAAAGUAUGUUGUA